CGCCAUGGCGACGCGGGACGCGCGGGGCCGGGCCCGCCAUGGCGGCCUACGGGCGGGGGGUGCGCGUCGGGAACUGGCUGGAGGACCUGCACGAGCAGGAGGAGCUCCUGAGGGAUUUUAUCAGUAGGAGAGAACGAGGGCAGCUUUUAAUGCAGAGAUUAGCCAGACUUCAAGAGAAUAUUUUGAAGAAGGUAAAGCUAUCAGUGUCUGUUGAUGGACUGGUUCACUUUGGGGACACUGUGAUGGUGAUGAACCCAGACACCAAAACCCCGGAGGCGAAGGACGAUGAAACACGUGGUGACCUGACCUUGGCAGUGGAUAUGGAGGAAAUAUCCCUGUUUUCCGAUGACCCACCGCAAGUCUCACGUGGACUGAGCGCAGUCAAGAGCGUGAACCCUGUGGGUCGAAAUAGUUUCUGUAUCGUAAGUGCUGAUGGAAGUGAAGUGGGUGAACCACUUAGAUUUGGGCAAAACUUUCUUCUUGGGACAACAGGAGGGAUUUCUGACACAAUGUUUUAUCUAGGAAGUGACCACAAAACAUUCACAGCAUUUGCUAAAAAAUCUCGCCUUCAGCCGGUAUUUUUGACAGGUGAGGAUUCCUAUUUGACUUGCUGGCAAGCUGCCUUCCUGGAUCCACAGCUGCGUCUUGAAUACGAAGGAUUUCCAGUUCCUGCAAACACUAAAAUUCUAAUUACUCAUUGUUAUACUAAUCGGAACUUAGCCAUUCCAAGGAACUUUUGUGUAUGGUCUUAUUUUGGAAAAGAAUGUGAAGUUGUUUGUCACAAUUACCUGGACUCCCACAAAGUUGAAGAAUAUAAGAAUUACUGGGAAAUAAUUACAGGAAACCCUGGUGCAGAAGGUGGUACAAUGAUUGAUAGACGCAAACCUCACCCAGAUGGGUAUAAGAAUGAAGAACUUUCCUGAAAAAACAGAGAAUAUAAAAAUCCAAGACUACAUCCAAUAAGAGGUUGAUGAGACUCUGAUUCUUGAUAUUUUUUUUUUGCUGUUUAGAUUUUAGUUUUAGAGAUGUUUGUUUUAAAAAUGGAAAUGAAAGUCUACCAUUAGUAAUAUUGCAUGAUCUUAUUAACUCAUCAAGGUUAUGCAGUGGGCAAAAAACUACUAACAUUUGACGAACCACUCAUCAAAAAUUUGUGAAUCAGGAAGGGUUCAUUUUCCCAUUUCCACUUUCACUGAUAGGAAAAAAUGCCAGAAUCCAGGAAAUCUAAUAGAUUUAUAUGAAAUUAUUUGCUUUCAGGAUAUAUUUAACCAAUUCUUCCAAAACCAAACAAGUGUCACACUUUUUAAAAGAGUGAGCAUACAGUUACCAAAACAUUGACAACAAAACACAUACAAAGCUCUAAUGGGAUACUUUGACAUUUAAAGUUCAUCAGAAAGAAAGCUGGUUGUUUAGCUUGUUCCCCACUCUGUCUAGCACAAUUUUGCCAAUUAUUACAUCAUAAGUGAGAUUUCUUCAUCUUGAGAUUGGCUUCUGAUUUAUGGAUAUAAAUUGAGUUUUCUAUGCUUGUCCAUGUAUUCUAAAUUCCUAAAUAUCAAGUAAUCAAGAACUCGAACACGGUGAUAGAGACUAGAGACUUCUGACAGCCUCUUCCAUACAUCACUGUAUUCCAUUUGCCUCUCACUCACAGCAUUUUUCAAUCUGUAAUAAUUUCUAACAAGUUUGAGAGCAAUGUAAAAUUGUCAAAGAAAAUUAGGCACCUAGAAGUUUCAUGAAAAUAAAAGCCAAAGCAGAAAACAAAGAAGAGUCACUGUAAGUUUAUCCAGUAAGAAGAAGAUUGUUACUACCUAAUUUGACACCAGAGAAUCCACAUUAAAAAAAAUUGCCUUAAAAGAGUAAAAAUUUCAGCUGAAGCUCACCUUUUUCUUAAACAACAAAAUCAAUCAAGCAUAAGAUGCAAAGACUUGGAAAACAGAAGUCAUUAUUUCGUAGUUACCUGUCUUUAUCUGGAAGUUUAAGCAGCACCACAGAGACUCUUUUAAUGUAUGACAUUCCAUUAUAUCCAUUUAGUUAACUCACAUGUAUACAUAUUUCAUCUCUUACUGUACCACAAGAACAGGCUCUUUCUGCACAAAGUAAGUGAAUACUUGAGUAAAAUACUAUGUAGAGCUCCAUUCUCAAAAGAUCCCAAAGAUCUUCAGUGAUCAUAAAGGUCAAAUAAAACUUUUAAAGUUUCACCAAAACAAACCCACUAAACAUUCACAAAAGAUAGGACUGAUCCAAAUAUAUCUUCAAGAUCUAUUCCCAAAUAGUCUGUUUCAAACCCACUGGCAAGGCUUAAAAAGUUCUUGCCUUUAUUCAGUUUAAAUAAAAUCAGCAGACUGCAGCAUCAGUUAAUGAGCACUUGGCAUACAGGAUCUCAGAGCAGGAGACAUUAGGGUGCUGUGACAUGCAGGUUUGCUUUGGGGCACUGUACUGCAGAGGACAGUUUUUGAAUAACACUCCUUGUGUGCAAACCUUUACAGAUCUAAAAUAUCUCAAAGUAGCCUUAGGAACUUACUCUGUCCCUUUUUGUGCAGAGAUAUGUAACCUGAUGUGUGGCAAAUAAUGCAUGUUUCUUUAGAGGCCCUUUUAAUCCUCCAACUUUCAGAGGUUAAAAUUCUGCACAUUUUCACAACAGACUGACAUAAAUCUGCUUAUAUUUUGUAGGCAUUAAACUAGUAAAACUGUAACUGCAUAAGUACACUGCAGUGUUUCUAAUUUGACCAUUGUGGACUUUUACUGGUAUUAGAUACAGCUAUUUCAGCUCUGGCUAAGUCUCUUUCCUCUGGGUGAAAUGUAAGAAACAAGAGGCCUUAAACCAAAACCCUUUCUGAAACACAGCUUCGUGUGAACUCAUGCAGGAAUGAGAACUGUGUGGGCAGAGUGCCUUGGCUGGCUAAUGUCAUGGAUAAGAGUGUUUGUGUGUGUAUUUGUGUGGAAGGAAAGCAAUGCAGGCUGUACAAAAACAAGUUGUGUAAAGUCUUAGAGGAAAACCAGAGAGAUAAACAGAUACAGAAAUGAAUACAAAAGCAGGUAAUGUUGGAAUUAGGUGCUGAUUAAAAGUGGCUUGGAGACUCUCAUCUGUGUUUUGAUCACUCUGUGCUCAUUGGGAAGGACUUUCUGAGCUGUUGGAAAAUAAACAGGAUUGAAUUCAUAA